UAUUUACAUAAAUACCAUACAAAUUCUAAUUUUUUUUUUAAAAGAAAAACAGAAAUAAGCGUCCUACUUUAUUCAAAGGCGCAACGCUUUAUUCCACCACCUCUCUUCCCGCCAUUUAAGCGGCAUCUUCCAGUCUUUCACCUUAUUCCCUUCCUCUUCCUCUGCCGCCGAUUAUGCGCCAUCCUUCAUCCUCCUCCGAAAUCGUUCACCACUUCUCUUCCUAAGGAUCGAAGAGAAAACAUCCAACGCAGCCGCCUCAGGGCGGAUAAUGAAGCUGGUAGUGGAGGUGUUGGAAGCACAAGAUUUGAUCCCUAAAGACGGCGAGGGCUCGGCCAACGCUUUCGUGGAGGUUGAUUUCGAUAACCAGCGCUCCCGCACUCUCGCUGUUUCAAAAACCCUGAACCCCAUCUGGAAGCAGAAAUUCUGCUUCACUCUCAGUAGCCUCGAAUCACUCCAAAAGCAGAGUAUCGAGGUCUCCGUCUACAACGAGCGCAAGUCCUUCCCCUACCGCAAUUUCCUUGGUCGAGUUCGAAUCCCCGGCUCUGGCGUUCUCCAAAUAGGCGAAGAAUCGGUUCAGCGUUUCCAGCUAGAGAAAAAGUGGUUCUUUUCGUACGUCCGAGGAGAGAUCUCUCUCAGAAUUUACAUUUCCCCUGAUCCGAAGACACCUCCGGUUGAAAUCGAAGCAGAGGAAGAGGGAGAGAUACGGAGUAAGAAGAGGGAGGAGGAGGUCAAGGAGGUUAAGAAGCUCGCGGCCACCCGACUUAUCAGCAAGCAUCAGACCUCCUCUCCAGCAGUUGUGCCGGUCGUCAUGCCGACGCUGUCAAUGUCAGUACCGGCGGAGGAGUACAAGCUAAAGGAGGCUAGGCUUAACCUUGGCGAACGGUGGCCGGCGGGGGACAAGCAAGUGAGCACCUACGAUCUUGUGGAGCAGAUGAACUACCUCUACGUCCGCGUUGUCAAAGCCAAGGACCUGCCGCCGAAUCCACUCACCGGCAGCGUCGACCCAUACGUCGAUGUGAAGCUCGGAAACUACCGCGGCACCACCAAGCACUUCGAGAAGAAAACCAACCCGGAGUGGAACCAGGUCUUCGCUUUCUCAAAGGAACGCAUCCAGUCCUCAGUGCUAGAGGUGUUCGUCCGCGACAAGGAGAUGGCGCGCGAUGAGUACAUGGGCAAAGUUUCCUUCGACCUCAACGAAGUCCCGACGAGGGUACCGCCGGACAGUCCCCUGGCGCCGCAAUGGUACCGGCUUGAAGAUCUCCGGCGACCUGGCGAAAACAAAGUCCGUGGAGAAAUCAUGCUUGCUGUGUGGAUGGGAACCCAAGCCGACGAAGCAUUCCCUGAGGCAUGGCAUGCCGACGCAGCCGCAGUUCAAGGCGAGGGAGUCUUCAGCGUCCGGUCCAAGGUGUACGUCUCACCCAAGCUCUGGUACAUCCGCGUCACUAUCAUCGAGGCUCAGGACAUCGUCCCCGUCGACGCCAGCCGAGCUCCAGAGAUCACCACCAAGGCCCAGCUCGGUAACCAAAUUCUCAAAACGCGGGUAUCGCCGAGCAAGAACCUGAGUCCCGUGUGGAACGAGGACAUGGUUUUUGUUGCCGCGGAACCGUUCGAGGAAAUGCUCGUGUUAACCGUUGAGGAUCGCGUGUCUCCCGGCAAAGACGAGAUCCUCGGCCGCCUCCUUCUUCCCCUCACCUCCAUCGAGAAACGGCUCGACCACCGCCCCGUUCACUCCCGCUGGUUCAACCUCGAGCGAUACGGAGGAUUCCUCGAACCCGACCCACGGCGGCGCGAGCUCCGCUUCGCUAGUCGCAUACACCUCCGCAUCUGCCUCGAGGGCGCCUACCACGUCCUGGAUGAGUCCACCAUGUACAUAAGCGACACCCGCCCCACUGCACGCCAGCUUUGGAAGCUCCCCAUCGGUGUUCUCGAAGUCGGCAUUCUCGGCGCGGCGGGCCUUGCCCCGAUGAAAACCCGUGAUGCCCGCAGCGUAACCGACGCUUACUGUGUCGCGAAAUACAGCCAGAAAUGGGUUCGUACCAGAACCAUUCUCGAAUCCUUCAGCCCGCGAUGGAACGAACAGUAUACAUGGGAGGUGUUCGAUCCCUGCACCGUCAUCACUCUAGGUGUAUUCGAUAACUGUCAUCUCGGCGGUGGUGAAGGCGGCGCAAAUAACAACGCUAAGCCCGCUGCAAAGGAUUCCCGGAUCGGCAAGGUUCGCAUUCGUCUCUCUACUUUAGAAACCGACAGGAUUUACACAAACUCGUAUCCACUCAUUGUACUUCAGCCGUCCGGUGUGAAGAAGAUGGGGGAGCUACAGCUAGCUGUGCGCUUCACCUGUCUAUCCUUGAUCAACAUGGUCUAUCUCUACGGCCAACCUCUGCUUCCGAAGAUGCACUAUGUGCAGCCCUUCUCCGUGAGCCAACUCGACAGCCUUCGGUAUCAGGCCAUGAGCAUCGUGGCCGCGAGGCUUGGCCGAGCACGCCCGCCGCUGCGGCGGGAGGUGGUGGAGUAUAUGCUGGAUGUGGAUUCCCAUAUGUGGAGCAUGCGACGGAGCAAGGCCAACUUUUUCCGUAUCAUGUCGGUGAUGUCCGGCGCAGCCUCCAUGCUCCGGUGGCUGGAUGAGGUCAGUAUGUGGCGGAAUCCGGUGACGACCGUGCUAGUGCACGUCCUGUUUGUGAUAUUGCUGUGGUACCCGGAGCUGAUCCUGCCGACGGUGUUCUUGUACAUGUUCUUGAUUGGAUUGUGGAACUACAGAUUUCGGCCGCGUUACCCGCCACACAUGGACACUAAGCUUUCAUGGGCGGAGGCGGCGCACAAGGAUGAGCUGGAUGAGGAGUUCGACACAUUUCCGACGACGAAGCAGAACGAUGCGGUGAGGAUGAGGUAUGAUAGGUUGAGGAGUGUGGCGGGGAGGGUUCAGACGGUGGUGGGGGAUGUAGCGACGCAGGGGGAAAGGUUGCAGGGGGUGUUGAGUUGGAGGGAUCCGAGGGCGACGGCUCUGUUUGUUCUGUUCUGCUUGGUGGCGGCGGUGGCUCUGUACGUGACGCCUUUCAGGAUGGUGGCGCUGGUGGCGGGUUUGUAUGUGCUCCGGCAUCCUAGGUUUCGGAGCCAGUUGCCGUCGCCGCCGAGUAAUUUCUUCAAGCGGCUGCCGUCCAGAAUUGAUAGUCUUCUGUAACUGUUGCUUGUGAAGCAAGUGGAUUGCUGCAUACCAUCUUCUUCUUCUUCUUCUUCUUCUUCUUUUUAAUUAUUUAGCUGUGUUUUAUAGUACCUAAAAUUCCUUUCUUUUGGUAAAUUUCCGCGGGAGAGUACUGAACAGAGGAAUUUUGAGUUUCUAAGAGAUGUUAUAUAUAUAAAUUUUAGUUUUUGAUAGCUAAGAAAUAGAAUAAGUUUGUCAUACUCUUUCAAUGCAUCUGAUUUGGUUCAAACCAGCUUUGUAUCAUUUUUUUAAUGUUAUCA